AUGGCGGUGGAAUUGGAGGAUUGUUAUCCACAUAUCUUUAAAUAUUAUAGAGCAGAUCUGGAGGAUAACUUUCGUGCGGACAUUGUCAAACACUUCCAACCGGUUAUCGAUUUUAUAAACGAUUGUAAGAGGAAGAAUGGACGUGUACUAGUGCAUUGUGCUAUGGGUGUCAGUAGAAGUACCACUGCUGUGAUUGCUUAUCUAAUUAAAGAGCUAGGUUACACAUACGAUGAUGCCAGAAAAUAUGUCAAAGAGAGACGUGGUAUCAUACAACCAAACUUUGGAUUCUCAAAGGCACUAAAAGAGUACUCUGCACAAAUACACGGCAACAACAAACCAACCGCUAUUUCCUCACCAAUACCAAUUGAAUCGUUAUCAUCAUCACCACCAAGAUCGAUUUUAUCAUCCAGUAAUAACAGUAUACCCGUUUUAUCAUCAUCAUCAACGCCAAUCAUAACAAACAGUGAUGGUUUAAUUGUAAAUAACCCUUGUAACACCAAUAGUUUAAUAAAUUCUGCACUAUAA